GAAUUUUGCUCCUCGCUCAUAUGGCAUCGUUACGAAGACCUGCAUCCUCUGAACAGAGUCGGACUGCUCGCUUGUCUGGCCGCAAAUCCGGGUUUGCGUAAGCGCGCAGCAAAGCAGAAGGCCAGGCAGCAAAUCGGAGUUAGAAUGGCCCAUGCCAAUGUGCUUGGACAGGUAAGUACUCCCAUAUACUGGAAUGCUGCCACGAGUGACAGGGUCAGAUUUAACAAGGGCUGCAAACUAGUUGUCGGUUAA